CAAUCCUAUAUUUCCUCACUCCACGAACACACAUAUUCCGCUUUUGUGUGUGAUUGAUCAUUCCUCCACGUUCUGCUGAGUCGUGUUGAAAUUGGGAAUACACGCGCACAUCUACACGCACGCAGAGACAUAGAUACAAUCUCUUGCCCUGCAAUUAACUGCCCAUGGGUUGUUCUUCUUCAGUUCCAGUACUUCAAAUUAGAAACCUGAAGUUUGCGUUUAUGCGCCCUGGAUUUUCAACUGAUAGAAAUACUGGGCGGCUCGGGGGCAUUAAUCCAGACAAUGGUGCUGCGAUCGAUGCAAAGAAUCUCCGUGUUAAGCUGGUGCUUUUAGGUGAUUCUGGUGUUGGGAAAAGUUGCAUUGUUCUAAGAUUUGUGCGUGGUCAAUUUGAUCCGACAUCCAAGGUUACUGUUGGAGCUUCAUUUUUGUCUCAGACUGUAGCCUUACAGGAUUCUACUACUGUGAAAUUUGAAAUAUGGGACACUGCCGGACAAGAAAGGUAUGCUGCUCUAGCACCUUUGUAUUACAGAGGUGCUGCAGUGGCAGUUGUUGUGUAUGACAUAACCAGUCCCGAAUCAUUCAAUAAGGCACAAUAUUGGGUCAAGGAAUUACAAAAGCAUGGGAGUCCUGAUAUUGUCUUGGCUUUGGUUGGUAAUAAAGCUGAUCUUCACGAAAAACGAGAAGUGCCAGUUCAAGAUGGAAUUGAUUAUGCUGAAAAGAAUGGAAUGUUCUUUAUUGAGACUUCUGCAAAGACGGCAGACAACAUAAACCAGCUCUUUGAGGAAAUUGCGAAGAGACUGCCUCGCCCUUCAACUUCCUGAUUUCGCCUUAACACUAAUCGAAUUACAUUGCACUAAAGAUGGCCUUAUCUUUGAUAUAUUUCAAAUGUAUGUAUAUUCUACUUGUGAUGUGUAUACAUUAUCCAGUGAAGGAAGAAACUAUGAACCUGCAAACAUAUUUUGAUAUUUAUUUAUUAUCUUGUAAGUGAAUCUUUUUAGUGACAAAUCUGAAUUUGUUGUGUCUAACGGUUAGGCCAACCUAUCUAAAGCAAGACCAACUGAAAAUACAGAUAGAUAAUUGUUUUGAAUUGAUACAUCUUUUAAGCAGAAGGCGAAAUGUAUUUUUCUUAUUCACUGUGAUGCCGGUAAAACCUGUGUAUGGAGAUAGAUAUCUUUGACUUGAGCCUCAAGAUACAUCUUCGGCUUGAACCUCUUGAGGCAAUUCCCAGUCAGAAGAACAGAGCAGAUUUGGAACUGUAAGCUACAGUUUCACCAGUCCCAUAAACAUCCUUGGACAAUUUCCCGGCUGACCCCAAAAGGGAGCACUGGAAAAUAUUGUCAAUUUUAUGUAAGGGUGUUAUUUAAACCGAGCCAACUCGACUAUUUUGAGUUGGAGUUCAUGCUUGUGAAAACUAAGUUCGGCUCAUUUAAUAUUUCCAAAA